CUGCGAGGGAAGGCGUGCUUUUGAAGUGAGGGGUGCGGAGUUAAAAAGCCUGUUAGGCAAGGUGCGCUCCUUCUUUCUUCCACCACUGGACGAUAGUUCAUCUACAACAAACACUGACCUGGAACUUUGACGUGAUCUCUUUGCUGGACUGAUUCCGAGGCUCCCUCCAUCCAUCCAUUCAUCUCUCUCUACCUCUGCAUCUCCUGGCUAGCUGACGCCCCUGCCGUGCAAGUACCAAGGCUAGCGCAGGCCCACCACAGAAGCGCCUGUGCUCCGGGACUUGGGUCACGCCACGUCGGCUGCCAAAGACCUCACCAACCCCCCCCCUCCCCCCUCCACCACUCAGGCCCUCUGAUGGAUCUCCGGUCUGCUCGUCUGCUGCUGGGGACUGUGCUGCUCGCCCUGACCGUGUCGUUGAGUCCAGGCUUGGCUGAGAAGAUCUACACCAACACCUGGGCAGUCCACAUCAGCGGUGGGGCGCCAGAGGCCAACCGCAUCGCCGAGAAGCACGGCUUUGUCAACCUUGGACAUGUGUUUGGUGAUAUUUACCACUUCCGUCAUCGCAGGGUGGUUAAGAGGUCGCUGUCCGAUCACCGUGGUUACCAUGUGCGACUCCAGAGCGAGGCUCAGGUGACGUGGGCGGAACAGCAGGUGCUGAAACAGCGGGUGAAGAGGGAUAUCUACUCGGAUCCGUCAGACCCCAAGUUUGGCCAGCAGUGGUACCUGUACAAUCCCAACCAUCAUGACCUGAAUGCAAAAGGUGCCUGGGAGCAGGGCUUCACAGGGAAAGGGGUCGUCAUCUCCAUCCUUGACGACGGCAUUGAGAAGAACCACCCUGACCUCAUCCAGAACUAUGAUCCUGAUGCCAGUUAUGAUGUGAAUGACGGGGACUCGGACCCCCAGCCAAGAUACACACAGCUCAACGACAACAGGUACAGAAUUGAGCUGAAUUCACCCAGAGAAUAUAAGAAACUCAGUAAUACCUCCCACACCAACCUCCUCACCCCCACUGCUUAUCUCCUCUCCACCAGCUUGUCUAGGAACCCUUCAAAAUGUGUGUGUGUGCGGUGUGUGUGUGUGUGUGUGUGUGUCUGUGUCUGUGUGUGUAUAGGCGUGCGUAUGCUGGACGGCGAGGUGACUGACCUGGUGGAGGCCCACUCUCUGAGUCUCAACCCACAGCACAUCCACAUCUACAGCGCCAGCUGGGGCCCCGAGGACGACGGCAAGACCGUGGAUGGCCCGGCCAAGCAAGCCAAGGAGGCCUUCCUGCGCGGCGUCACCGAGGGUCGCGGCGGCCUGGGCUCCAUCUUCGUGUGGGCGUCGGGUAACGGCGGGCGGGAGAAGGACAGCUGCAACUGCGACGGCUACACCAACAGCAUCUACACGCUGUCCAUCAGCAGCAGCACGCAGUACGGCAACGUGCCCUGGUACAGCGAGGCCUGCUCCUCCACCCUCGCCACCACCUACAGCUCCGGCAACAUCAACGAGAAGCAGAUCGUGACCACUGACCUGAGACAGAAGUGCACAGACUCUCACACGGGCACGUCAGCCUCUGCCCCUCUUGCCGCUGGCAUCAUCGCCCUCGCUCUGGAGGCCAAUCAAAACCUGACCUGGAGGGACAUGCAGCACCUGGUGGUGCGAACCUCUCGGCCCGCCCACCUCAGCACAGACGACUGGAAGACCAAUGGCAUCGGCCGCAAAGUGAGCCACUCUUAUGGUUACGGUCUCCUGGAUGCCGGGGCGAUGGUUACCAUGGCGCAGAACUGGACCAACGUGGGUCCCCAGAGGAAGUGUGUCAUCUCCAUGGUGGCGGAGCCCAAGAACAUCGGCAGCCAUCUCGUGGUCACUAAGAACGUGGAGGCGUGUUUGGGGCAGGCCAACUUCGUCAGCUCACUGGAACACGUCCAGGCCCAGCUCACGCUGUCCUACAACCGCAGGGGCAACCUGGCCAUCUACCUGAUCAGCCCCAUGGGCACCCGCUCCACACUGCUGGCCCCCAGACCCCAUGACUACUCGUCUGAGGGCUUCAACGACUGGGCUUUCAUGACCACACACUCCUGGGACGAGGACCCCCGAGGGGAAUGGACACUGGAGAUCCGGAAUGUGGCUGGGGCCAGCGACUAUGGCACUCUGACCCAGUUCCUGCUGGUCCUGUACGGCACGGGCACCGACACAGUGGACACGUCCGGACCUGAUGUCAGUCAGACCAACAAAGGCAGCUGCAAGACCUUUGACCUCAACCAGAACUGCAUUGAGUGUAGCCCAGGUUAUCUGCUGUUCCAGCAGGACUGCGUCCACUCCUGUCCUCCCGGCUACACAGCUGGGACCGAGCCGCUGAAGUACACGCAGGGCAACUGGGUGAUCCCGCCGUCUGUCCAGACCUGCCAGCCCUGCGUGGCGCCCUGCCUGACCUGUGCCGGCCUCACCCCGCAGGACUGCCUCUCCUGCCCGCCCCACAACCACCUGGACCCGGUCACGGGCACCUGCCUCCACCAGAACCAGAUCGAGCGCGAGUCCCCCGACACCAUGGCCGGGGCGUCCGCCCUGCAGGCGUCUGCCGACGGCGACGCCGUCAGCGGAGGCAAACGACGACCCCUGGGGUCAUCCUCGCGCAUGCCUGCCACGGUGGCCGUCCUGAGUUGUGCCUUCAUCGUGGCGGCGUUCGUUGCCGUGUUUGCUGCGCUGCAGCUGCGCUCGAGCAACGCGGCGCCCAAGCGGCUACUCCUGGCCGAGACCGGCGCCGGCCUUCGUGAGGGCCUGAAGGAGGGCUUCCGCCAAGCUGGCCUCGGCCUGGGGCUGGGCAUGGGCUCUGGCCGCACCAUCUCCUACAAGGGCAUCCCCAGCGUGUGGCGCGAGGACGGCUCCGAGUCUGAGGUGGACGAGUUCGACGUCCACAACGAGAGGACUGCCUUUAUCAAAACACAAAGUGCUCUUUAACGGCCCCCUCCUCCCCUUCAAUCCCACGUUUCAGGAGCAGUCCAGAUCCGCAGUCCAGGACCGCCCCCCCCCUCCCCCUCCCCCACAAUUAUUUCUCUUUAAGGAAUUCUCACUCUGUUUCAUUUUUGCCACAUUUUUGUUUUUGCUCUUUUCCUCCUCCUGGGGUUGUUUGGGAUCUCCUUCUCUCUUCUUGACCUUUUUUCUCUGUGGAGUGCCCACCUCACAUGUCUUCGGAGAUUUGCAGGGUGACGCUCGUGAAAGGCCUGUCGCCGCGUGUACGCGCUCACGGCUUGAAUGUGACUUGAGAUUACAAAUCAAAAUUCUCUCGGCUCUCCCUCCGAGCCGCGGAAAAAAGAUUAUUUUUUCUAAUGUUCUAAUAAAUCAUGCUCAUGAUUCCUCA